AUGUACAGCGUGGAGGACCUGCUCAUCUCGCACGGAUACAAGCUGCCCAGGAGCGGCCCGCCGUCGGCCGCUCCGUACGACAAGCGGCCCGCUGAUUGCCAACGUGAGCUCGUGUUGGACAACCGGGCGGGCCGGGUGUCGGCGAUCAACGGCUAUGAGGUGGAACGUGGCGGGGCCUCGGCGGGUGGCAGCGGCUUAUACGGCAGCAGGCCGGGACCCCUCAAGGGUUACAUUGACACAGAGGGCGACAGGAGGAGGAAGGAGGCCUUCAUCGGGAUCCUGGGUGACGUUCAGCCCUUGGGUGAUUCUCUGGCGACGGACAGCGGUUUUUAUGAUGUCCCAAGUUUGACCUACUCUGAGCCGUUAAGCCACGACGAGAGGGAUAUUUCGUACUGGAGGAGACGAGGCCAAGACUUCAGUAUUCUGCUGGAUUAUGCUGAUGGCAGGGAACUGAGGGCCUCUGCAGGGGCAUGGAGACCACAGGCCCUCAUAGCGGCCGAGGAACUCAGGGCAGAGCGGCAAGCGCAGCAGCUUUGGGAGGAAAUUUCUUGGUUGCGGGACCAAGAUGCUCCUGGUCAGCUGAGAGUGACUGGGGAGCGAAAGUGUCAGAGCCUCGGUACCGAGGAGUGGAGGCCCGCUGUGGGUCUGGGCAGGCAGUUAUCAGAAGGGGAUGGGGAAAGGUGGGCUUUGGAACAGUGUCGACUAAGGACACCCGAAGGUUUUUUUCACCCGAGAACGAAAGCCAAGUCUCAGUCUCUCCCAAGAGUUUUGUCGCCAGACAGAUCAAAUGGCAGAGAGCUGAUUCCAUCCAGACCAAGCCUACCGGACAGACCGCCGAGGCUAAGCAGCACGCUUUUCUCUGGGCCCUAUAGUCGGUAUAUCUAUAGUGGCGCUAUUGGUAGAGACCGGUGGGGCAGAAAUGCUGGGCAAAGCGGACAUGUUGCACUUUUACCAAAGCCCAGGUUCAGUAGGCCAUUAAAGCCACCAUCGUAUGAGAUUCACCAGCAGAUUAGGAGUAGCGCAGAAAUGCUAGCUAUAGACCAGGGUCUCAAGCUCAAAGACAGGCCUAUAUUUUAUUCAAGGGGCGGGGAACUCCGACAUGACUAUUUUGCACAACACUCACUCUCUGGAAUGGAGCCCCCCGGCUACAUCCCGCCCCCGUCUUAUAAAAGAAUCCCACCUCCAAGAGCUGUGUCUAUCAGUCGUAAUGAAAUGCUAAACUUUCGGUGGAGGUCAGACUCCCUGCAGCCCAGCUCAGACCCUGGGAGGUGGCUAACGAGGCACACGGGUGAUUCGUGGCUAGAACACUGCGGGGAUCGUGGAGUGUCUUAUCGAAAACAGAUACCCUCUGGACAUAAAGAGCAACCAAUUCAAACUCGUCAAGUACCAGUUGAAGACGCAAGAGCGAAUCAAAUCUCAGGAGGGCCCGGCGGAACUUCUCUCACUGACUCAGACAAGAUACGAAACAUAAACAAAGAGAAUCCGUCCGCUAAAAAUUUAGGACAAUCUACAAGUGAUAGUGCCUUUCCUCCCCAACAGGGACAAUCUCUCAACGCUGGUCGUAAGAACACGCUUACUGAAACCGAAAGCAGUGCUAGAUGGGGCAACAGGGGAUUAAAUAAGAAAAGUGACAGUGUAGGUCCUGAACAAAAUCGUAGUCAGUUUUUCCCUUCAUCUAUUCUGGGUAAACCACCACCACCCCCAUGCAAGGCUCCUGACCAGGUUGUCUCUGAAACUCUGGCAGAAGUAAAGAAAGUUGAACAGCCCGACCCGCCAGAGAAAGAUAAGUCCAAGAAUCUCAAAAAAAGACUAAGUGAAACCAUUUUUUGUUUGGUUUCUGUUCCAGUCACCCCGCAGCUCACUGGUACAAUCCGUGAUCAGAACAACAAUAAUGAGAAGUCACCAGACCCAGCUGACAGUCCCAGUGAAAACAAAACAGGCCAUUUAACAAACCAAAGUCUCCAAAGCACAUCAUCAGCUGAAGCCGAGCUGCAAGCGCUAACUGGUAGCAUAGCGAGCAGCAAGACAAGCAGCCGAGCGAGCAGUAAAAUGUUCAAAAAGUUGCCCUGUAGACCCCCUAAAAUAAAUCAUUACAAAGAGCUGAAACUUUCAGGAUCUUGGCCUGCAAACCAGUACCGUGACCAGGAGACGCAAACUAGCCCAGAGGCUGAAAAAUCUGGCCCUGAAAACAAGGAAGCACAAGAAGACUCCAUUCCUGCUGCCACUGACGCUUCUGUAGAUAGUGCCGGUGUAGCUGGCAGUGCCUUUACUUUCCCUAUCAAGGGAGUGAAGAGUCUAAAACUUUCGAGCAACAGCGCCUUCUCACUGACCACCACUUUCUCCAACCAGCUGAACAAGAGCACAGCUCAGCAACCAGCGGUGCCCCCCUCAGGAACUGUGGAGAGCAAACCAGCAGCAAGCAGUGGGCAGGAGAUUUUCAAGGUUCCUGAGUUUCUGCUAAAACCGAUUGUCAGUCAGCGACCGUGGGAUGCUGUCAAAGAGCUGGAAGCAAUUCAAAAAGAAGUCCAGGAUCAACAACAGCAGCAACAACAGGGCAGCAAACAGCCCAGCGUUGACAAAUGCAUCGAGGACCUCAACGAGGCUUACAAAGACAUCCUGGAGCUUGGCGCUGCCAGUAAUAAAGUCCCUGAUGGAUCUGUCGAAAUUCCAGAGCGUAUCAAAAUCCGUUUGACGUCCCAGCCUCUCAACAAGCCCAGUAGCCUUAGGCGCAGUGCAGUCAGCUGGUCUGUUGAUCCGGAGUACAGGGAAGUCAAGAGCGCAUUCUCCAGGCCCGCCACAAAGUCGGUGACAUUCAGCAAGCAGCUUCGGGAGGAACUCCCUGUGCCCCCUCGGGAGUCAGGCUUUCGAGAAUACAGAGUGGUUCCGCAUCUUCCACGUAGACGUAGCAAUGAUGGUAGGACGGUGAAACUGGACCUGCCUGACGAACCCAUCGAGACACCGCUUUGCGACUUCAGCCCAACAACAAACAGUGUGGCGGCAGAGGUUCCCUGGGCAGACAGACAGCCCAUGCAGGAUGCCUCCACGCUCACGAGUCCUCCAGACUAUGAAGACAUAUGCCAGACUUUGCGUCACUCUCGGGAUUCAAAUGAUCCCAAUGACCCAGCGGCUCCUCAAGAUAUCGAUUCAGAGGAGGAUUGUCCCAUUUGCAAAAGAGAGCUUGAGAACCAGAUGAGACAGGGCCCACUGCCUCCUCUACAUGAGGAGAACAGCUCAGAUAGCUCAGUCAAUCCAAAUGGAAGUCCAAUGCAGCGUGCUGCAGUUCAAAGUCCAGGUGAGGAUGCGAAGAAUCAGGAAACGCCGAACUCAAGUCUCAGUCAAGUAGGGUCCAAUGUGAGUACUGAUACAAGGAAAAAAGAUACAUCAACGCAAGACGGUUUAGGUGAAGUUGAAGAAACAGUUAAUGGUUCCAGAGAUGAGUCAGUCGACUCAAAUGAACUGAAUGAAAGUGAGGUGGUGGAGUCAGCAAGGGAAGAAGCCACUGAGGGUGAAACGGUAGGAAUUACCAAGGAUGACGCUCCACAAGUGCAAGAGAUACAAACUGACGCAGCGUCAGAAAACAAGCAGGAGCAAGAGAGGAAAUCAUUCGCUCUCGCGGAACAGAGACUUGUCCUGUGGACUCACCCGGGUCGAGACCAUCCUGGGUUGCCGGAGUUCCCUCCCGAGAGACUCCCACUUUCAGUUGUGCCCAAGCUCAACCGCAGGUUGUCUCUCAGCUUAGAGGGGGAGCGACAGGGUGGUGCUGCCCCUGAUCGAAUUGAAGCUCUGCAGAAUAAGCUAGCCAUCUCUCCAGGCCGGGUAGCCGUGGAGCGCUUGGGCCGGAUGCGAGAAGUGGAUGUUAUGUAUCGCAUGAGACGCCUAAGCAUCAGGAGCACAGACUCUGGGGAGGGGGACGGGGAUGGCAAGGAUUCUCAAGAACCCUCCAGUGCCACUUCGCAAACAGGCAGGGAGAACAAAGAUGAAGAGGUGACUGGAUCCCGCCAGGUCUCAGAAGAAUCUGUGAAGCACGGUGACACGUCUACUUUCAGGCCGCUGAGCAGCUUUGGCGCCCCGCUGCGCUGUCGUUCUCCGACUCGGGUGACAUUGCGACCAGUCCGCAAGGCCGGCUGGUGUCUUUGGCGGGUGGUGGCGGUGUGA